GCGCAAAUUCGCUAGAGUGCAGCCGGAUGCCUGUCGUCUAGUGAGCAAUGCAGUGACUCCCGGAACUACACUUCCCGGUUUUCCCCGCGCAGCCCGUGACACUCCUUGGACUGUGAGCCCGGAGCGGGGGUUUCUCCAGUAGCGCGUCUUUUGCUCGGACCGGCCCUGGACCCAGCCCCGCACUUGGACACGGCUCCACCAUGGAGGAGGCGGACCGAAUCCUUAUCCAUUCUCUGCGCCAGGCCGGCACGGCAGUUCCUCCAGAUGUACAGAGCCUGCGUGCCUUCACCACUGAGCUUGUUGUCGAAGCUGUAGUCUGCUGCCUGCGUGUGAUCAACCCUGACGUGGGUUCUGGCCUCAGUCCUUUGCUGCCCCUCGCCAUGUCUGCACGCUUCCGCCUGGCCAUGAGCCUGGCUCAGGCCUGCAUGGACCUGGGAUACCCACUGGAGCUUGGGUACCAGAACUUCCUCUAUCCCAGUGAGCCUGACCUCCGAGACCUGCUUCUCUUCCUGGCCGAAAGGCUGCCCACGGACUCAUCUGAGGAUGCAGACCAGCCUGCAGGUGACUCGGCCAUCCUCCUCCGGGCCAUUGGGAAUCAAGUCCGGGAGCAGCUGGCAGUGCCCUGGGUUCCACCCCUCCUCCGCACUCCCAAGCUCCAGCAGCUGCAGGGAUCAGCCCCCCAGAAGCCUCUCCAAACUAGCAGGCUGGUCUUGCCGGAGCUGAGUUCCAGAGGAGAGUCCCGAGAGUUCCAGGGGAGUCCCCUACUGCUCCCGCCUCCUGCCCAGGUUCCCCAGCUUGCUGAGAGGGCGGCCUCGCUUCUCGAAUGCCACACCGUCCAGCUCUGCCAGCAUGCCCACCACGACUGCCCCGGGGAUGAGGACUGGGUGCACCGGGCAGCCCGCCUCCCUGGCCAGGAAGAUGCUCGGGCACAGCGACAGCGGCUACACAAGCACCUGGCAGAGCAGCUGCACCAGACCUGGGCCCACCUGGGGCCUCCGGCUCCGGCCUGUGACCUGGGAGAACAGCUGCAGGCCUGGGGCGCUGGGACCAGGACCGGGGCCAGGGCCACCAAGGGCUCCCGCUUCACGCAUUCCGAGAAGUUCACCUUCCAGCCGGAGCCCAAGGCCCAGACUGCCCAGGCAUCAGAUGUGCCAGCCUCCCAGAGACCCCAACAGGACAUGUUGGCGGCUCAAGAACAGGAGCUUGAGUCUCUUCGGGAGCAGCUGGAGGGAGUGAACCACAACAUCGAAGAGGUGGAAGCUGACAUGAAGACGCUGGGCCUCAGCCUUGUGCAGGUGGAGACUGAGUGCCAGCAGAGUGAGCUCAGCACAGCGGAGCGGGAGCAGACCUUACGCCUGAAGAGCAGGGCAGUGGAGCUGUUGCCUGAUGGGCUGGCCAACCUCACCAAGCUGCAGGUGGUCGUAGAGAGCAGCGCCCAACGGAUCAUUCACUUGGCUGGGCAGUGGGAGAAGCACCGGGUCCCACUCCUGGCUGAGUACCGGCACCUCCGGAGGCUCCAGGAUUGCAGAGAGCUGGAAUCUUCUCGACGGCUGGCCGAGAUCCAGGAAUUGCACCAGAGUGUCCGGUUGGCUGCUGAGGAGGCCCGCAGGAAGGAGGAGGUCUACAAGCAGCUGGUGUCUGAGCUGGAGACCUUGCCCAAAGAUGUGUCCCGCCUGGCUUACACCCAGCGCAUCUUGGAGAUCGUGGGCAACAUUCGCAAACAGAAGGAAGAGAUCACCAAGAUCUUGUCUGACACAAAGGACCUGCAAAAGGAGAUCAACUCCCUCUCGGGGAAGCUGGACCGAACAUUUGCGGUGACGGAUGAGCUGGUGUUCAAGGAUGCCAAGAAAGAUGACGCUGUUCGGAAAGCCUACAAGUACCUAGCUGCCUUGCAUGAGAACUGUAGCCAGCUCAUUCAGACCAUCGAGGACACAGGCACCAUCAUGCGGGAGGUUCGAGACCUUGAGGAGCAGAUCGAGACAGAGAUGGGCAAGAAGACCCUCAGCAACCUGGAGAAGAUCCAAGAGGACUAUCGAGCCCUACGUCAGGAGAACGCGGGCCUUUUGGGACGGGUCCGAGAGGCCUGAGGAGCCCCCCCGGCAGAGGACUCUCCGCCCCCCAACCUUCAGCAAGAAUUUAGGGUGCUGGAGGAGAAAGCAGAGCACUUGCCCUAGCUGUGCCCCGUUUGCUGUCAAGUUGCUUCAGCCAAGGCCUUGAACCCAGACCCCUGCCCGAUCGACCCCUAUGUGUGUCUGGGGUGACCAUCCAGAGAGUCUGAGCUCGGAUACGGUUUAUUGGGAGGAGGAUGUAGACUGGGCCUUUGAUCGCAAAUAAAGGAAGGGUUCUGUGUACCAUCUAAA